CUUGCCCCUAGCUCUUGAGUUUUUUUUGGCUCUCAUCUUGUCAAUUCAUCAAUGAGAUUCUUGGUGAAAUUUGAAACAAGGUUUAUAUCUUUUCUUGGGGAAACAAACAUUCUCAAAUCAAAAAUUGCAAGGAGAAAAACCAACUUUUCUGUGAGUUUAGUGUGUUGAUAAAAGUUGAGCUUCCAUUUGGGAGAGUUUGUGUUUUUGAUCCAUCCAAGCAAAGGAGAUCAGUAAAGCCCUUUGAGUUCUGUGAAGAAUAUUCCAGGCAGCAGGUGUAAAAGUAAUUGAUUUGGAGCAGAAGAUCAAUGCGAGAAGAGUGUGUUGAUUUAGUCCCUCAAACAUUCAGGCUCCAUUGUGUAGGGAAAGAAUCUGAAGAAAACAAAAAUUCAAGUGCUUUAAGUGCUGGAAAUUCUGGCACAAGUGCUGUGGAUGAAGAACAAUCAUUAGUUGAUGACUCAAGCCUUUGUUCAACAUCACCAAUAGGUUCGGCGCCACUUUGUCGCCAGUUCUGGAAAGCUGGAAGCUAUGAUGACACACUUUCUACUAAGCCCAGCCUUCAAAAAGGUGCAAAUUACCUGCAUAUACACCCCAAGUUCCUCCACUCCAAUGCUACUUCACAUAAAUGGGCCUUUGGUGCAAUAGCAGAGCUGCUUGACAAUGCUAUUGAUGAGAUCCAAAAUGGCGCAACUGUGGUCAUUGUAGAUAAAAUACUGAAUCCAAGAGAUGGAAGUUCAGCUCUGUGCAUACAAGAUGAUGGUGGAGGAAUGGAUCCCGAAGCUAUGCGGCGUUGCCUGAGUUUUGGCUUUUCAGAUAAGAAGUACUCAGCUAUUGGCCAGUAUGGAAAUGGGUUUAAAACCAGCUCUAUGAGACUUGGGGCAGAUGUUAUCGUGUUCAGCCGUUGUAAGAAAAACAGGAAAUUGACACAAAGCGUUGGGCUUCUAUCUUAUACAUUCUUGACACAAACUGGCCAUGACCGAAUAGUGGUGCCAAUGUUAGAUUAUGAGUUUAACACCCAAAGCAACAUGUGGGACAAAUUAAGCAAUACACAAUGUAUCAAUAAUCUUCCAUUGUUGCUGCGCUGGUCUCCAUAUUCGACAGAAGCAGAGCUUCUGAAGCAAUUUGAUGACGUUGGCCAACAUGGCACAAAGGUCAUAAUCUUUAGCUUAUGGUAUACAGAUGAUGGCCAAAUGGAGCUCGAUUUUGAAUCAGAUCCUGAGGAUAUUCGUAUUUCUGAAGUAGCAAAUACAAACAAAAAAAGUGCAAGAAUGAUGGUAGCAAGUGAGCAGCAUCUUGCUAACCGUCUUCGCUUUUCACUCCGUGCAUACCUGUCCAUCUUGUAUUUGCGAGUCCCAGAAAACUUCUGCAUGAUGUUGCGUGGAAAAUGUGUUCAAUAUCAUAGUAUUGCUAAUGAUUUGAAGUUUCCGGAAUUCAUCUUAUACAAACCUCAAAGUGGUGGAUGUAAAGAGGUACAAAAUUAUUUUUCAAUCUCCUUUCUAUUCCUGUGA